GAGAGAGAGAGGGGGAUAUAACCGUUGUACCGAGGAGGGAUUGAGCCACAGACGGUGCCAGGUCUUCACCCCUGGUCCUCAGCCGGCCUCUGCUCCCUCGCUCCACCUCCUGCACCUCGACACCCUGUCCUCCGCCAUGUCUCCCCUACUGAGGAGCCCGCUGGCCGGGUCGGGGCCGGACCUCUGCUACCCCCUGCUGCUCAACACCUCCUGCCGGCUGAGCCUCCAGCCCCGCUUCACCACCAGCCUCCUCUACACCCUGACCUUCUCCCUGGCGCUCCUCACCGUGCUGCUCAACCUGCUGCUCAUCGUCUCCAUCGCCCACUUCCGCCAGUUGCACACGCCCACCAACCAGGUGCUGCUGUCCCUGGCAGGCUCGGACCUGCUCAUCGGCCUGGUGGUGAUGCCCCUGGAGGCGCAGUACUACAUCAGCUCCUGCUGGCUCCUGGGUCCCUGGCUCUGCUACGUCUACUACACGCUGAGCUACGUGCUGACCUCGGCGUCGGUGGCCAGCAUCCUGCUCAUCUCGCUGGACCGCUACCUGGCCGUCUGCCAGCCGCUACGCUACACCAGCGAGGUGACCAUGGGCCGGGUGCAGCUCGCCGUGGGCCUCUGCUGGUCGUGCGCCGUCGUCUACAACGGCAGCCUCGUGGUCGUGAACGUAGGUCGAGAGCCGCGCCGACGGAGGUCGUGCCGAGGGGAGUGCGUGGUGUUGGUGGACGGGCCGACCGGCUGGGUGGAGCUGCUGGUCACCUUCCUGGCGCCCAUAUCCACCGUGGUGGCGUUGUACCUGCAGGUCUUCGGCGCCGCUCUGUCCCAGACGCGGAAGAUGAGGUCGUCGCGGGCGGCGGCGGCGGGGACGACGACGGCGGCUCGGCGGUCUGAGUUGAAGGCGGCGCUGAGGCUGGGCGUGGUGGUGGUGGUGUUCCUCCUGUGCUACUUUCCAUCCCUCGGGUUCAUGGGUCAGGACGCGUCAGAGAACUUUGCCGCCUGGUCCUGGGGCGUCUGGUUGUUGUAUUUAAACUCCUGCCUGAACCCGCUGCUGUACGCCUUGUUCUACCCGUGGUUCCGGAGGACGAUCAGAAUGAUCGUCACCCUGCAGAUACUGAAGCCAAACUCCAGCCGGGCCAGUGUACUGCACUGACAAAACUCCUUCUUCUUUCGUGUCACAUCAGAGGUCCAACUCAGUGUCUUGUAGCCAUGCCCUUGUCUCUGGACCCGCGUCAAAGAGGCCGGCUUUCCGAGGGUGGUCUGUGUAGGGGGCAGGUGGUCAUAAUAUGCUCGACAGUCUGUUCAGGGGCAACCACACUCGCAUGCAGCGCUAGUGUCUGCCAGGACCCACUUCUUCAUUGAAGAUUUGAACCGACCGACCCCAGUAUGUAGACGGUUCAGCAGAGUCCAUUGCCGGCUUUGAAGAUCGUCUCCUGUGGCUCCAUCUCCUGGAUCCAAGAUGUAGUGGUGGAUUUGGGUCAGCCCAGCCCUCUCCCACUCCUGCUGACAAACUAAGA